AUGUUUCUCUCUCUUUAAACUUAUUGACACUUUGCUUCUUCAACUUCUGAGUAGCUGAUUUGGAUAGCCGUUAUUCGGUUAUGCCUGGGAAUAACUACAAUGGCAAUUUAUCAGUUCCAAAGAGUCGAAUAGAGAGAUUGUUGAGAGAAAGAGAGUUCAGGAAAAAUAGCAGAGCUUCAUAUGAUGUUAAUGGCAAUGCCACUAUUGAUCCUGAACCACGGUUAAGGGAAUGCGAUAACUUUGUGGAGCAGUAUUUAAAUGGAGCUUCUGCUGCACAUGGCGCAUGGGAAAAGCCUGAUGGGGGAUUGUUCACACAACGGUUGCUAGUCGUUGCUAAUAGAUUGCCGGUUUCUGCUGUUAGAAGAGGAGAAGAGAGUUGGUCACUAGAAGUUAGCGGUGGAGGACUUGUUAGUGCUCUUUUGGGAGUGAAGGAGGUUGAGGCGAAAUGGAUUGGAUGGGCAGGUGUAAAUGUGCCUGAUGAGCCCGGGCAGAGGUCGUUAACUAAAGCACUGGCUGAGAAGAGAUGCAUACCAGUCUUUCUUGAUGAAGAAAUAGUCCAUCAGUAUUAUAACGGUUACUGCAACAACAUAUUAUGGCCUCUAUUUCAUUAUCUUGGUCUUCCACAAGAAGACCGUUUGGCUACAACCCGAAGCUUCCAGUCCCAAUUCGCUGCAUACAAGAAAGCAAAUCAAAUGUUUGCUGAUGUGGUAAAUGAGCAUUAUGAAGAAGGUGAUGUUGUUUGGUGUCAUGACUACCAUCUUAUGUUCCUUCCAAAGUGUCUUAAAGAUCAUAACAUUAACAUGAAAGUUGGCUGGUUCCUUCAUACGCCUUUUCCUUCUUCUGAAAUUCAUAGAACAUUGCCUUCUCGCUCUGAGCUUCUUCGAGCAGUUCUUGCGGCUGACUUGGUCGGCUUUCAUACAUAUGAUUAUGCAAGACAUUUUGUGAGUGCUUGUACUCGUAUCUUGGGACUUGAGGGUACACCUGAAGGAGUAGAGGAUAAUGGGAGGCUUACUCGUGUUGCUGCAUUCCCAAUUGGUAUAGAUUCAGAACGGUUUACUCAUGCUCUCGAGUCUCCAGAAGUGCAAAACCACAUUAAAGAACUGAAGGAGAGGUUUUCUGGGAGAAAGGUGAUGUUAGGAGUUGAUCGUCUGGAUAUGAUUAAAGGGAUCCCUCAAAAGAUACUGGCAUUCGAGAAGUUCCUAGAGGAAAAUCAAUAUUGGCAUGAUAAAGUGGUUUUGCUACAAAUUGCAGUACCAACAAGAACCGAUGUUCCUGAAUAUCAAAAGCUCACAAGUCAGGUUCAUGAAAUUGUGGGGCGGAUAAAUGGUAGGUUUGGGACAUUGACUACCGUUCCGAUUCACCAUCUGGAUCGCUCUCUUGAUUUUCAAGCGUUAUGUGCACUAUAUGCUGUCACGGAUGUAGCACUUGUAACAUCUUUGCGAGAUGGAAUGAAUCUUGUCAGCUACGAAUUUGUUGCAUGCCAAGAUGCUAAAAGAGGAGUACUCAUAUUAAGUGAAUUUGCUGGCGCUGCACAGUCCCUGGGUGCAGGAGCGAUUCUUGUUAAUCCAUGGAACAUAACAGAAGUUGCAGCUUCCAUAGGCCAGGCUUUAAAUAUGUCAGCUGAAGAAAGAGAGAAACGUCAUCUGCAUAACUUUUCGCACGUCACAACUCACACUGCUCAAGAAUGGGCUGAAACUUUUGUUAGUGAACUGAACGAUACUGUAAUUGAAGCGCAACAAAGGAUUAGGCAAGUUCCGCCACCGCUUCCAGUUGAAGAGGCUAUCGAGCGUUAUUUGCAGUCAAGUAAUCGACUUGUUAUACUGGGAUUUAAUGCUACAUUAACUGAACCAGUUGAUACACCUGAUAGAAUUGGAGGCGAUCAGAUAAGAGAAAUGGAUUUUAGGUUGCACCCCGAUUUGAAAGAACCUCUGACUAGGCUUUGCAGUGACCCAAAAACCACGGUUGUUGUUCUCAGUGGAAGCGACAGAGCUGUUUUGGAUGAGAAUUUUGGUGAGUACAACAUGUGGUUGGCUGCCGAAAAUGGAAUGUUUCUACGCUCUACCAGAGGUGACUGGAUGACUACGAUGCCUGAACAUUCAAAUAUGGAUUGGGUGGAUAGUGUAAAGCAAGUUUUUGAAUACUUUACCGAAAGAACACCUCGAUCUCAUUUCGAGCUUCGUGAGACUUCACUUGUAUGGAACUACAAGUAUGCAGAUGUGGAGUUCGGGAGGCUACAAGCCAGGGACAUGUUGCAGCAUCUCUGGACAGGCCCGAUAUCUAAUGCAUCCGUAGACGUUGUCCAAGGUAGCCGCUCUGUCGAGGUCCGAGCCGUGGGAGUCACAAAGGGUACUACUAUUGUUCGCAUAUUAGGAGAGAUCGUUCAUAGCAAAUCCAUUUCUGCACCGAUCGAUUAUGUCCUAUGCAUUGGUCAUUCACUAGGGAAGGAUGAAGAUAUUUACACAUUUUUUGAGCCAGAUCUCCCCUCAGACAGCAUUGGUAUCCCGAGACAGAAGCUAAGUGAUGCAACAAAAUCAUAUAUAGACAGGAAAUCGAGAAAAAGCGGGUCAAAAUCAUCUCAAAGGCAAACACACCAACGACAUCCGGAAUAUAAGCAAAAUGGUAAUAGCUACACUAAUGGUAGCAAUAACAAUAACGAUGUUGUUAGGAAUGGUGGAAGGCGAUCAUCACCAUCCCCGGAUAAAGUAACGUGGAGUGUACUUGAUCUGAAAGGGGAUAACUAUUUCUCAUGUGCAGUUGGAAGAAAACGUACAAAUGCUCGCUACCUACUCCCGACAUCAGAUGAUGUCGUCUCAUUUCUGAAAGAUCUUGCUAGAGCAUCAUGAAAAUGUAUGUAAAUAUGUAGCAGGCUAUUAGUUUUGUUAAUAAAUAGGUUAAUUUAUGUAAUAGUGUUGUUGUACUAGGAAGGAUCGAACCAUAUGGGAACCAAUGAUGUGUGCCUUUUCGUUAGUUGUUUUUUUUUUUUGUCAAA